AUGAGAAUGAGUGCUCCUGCUCCAGUUGCUAUAGGCACAAGAGGUACAAUUGGAUCUCUAGUGAGGAAGGAAAUUGAAUACUUCACCAAAAUCGAGUUAGACAAAUUAGGGGAUUCAAAAAAGUCUCACCCACAUUUUGUAAACAUGGUUUCUAGCAAAACCAAGACAAGUUUCUGGAUGUUGUUAAAGAUGAAGAAGCAAAGAGCUCCAAAUGAAUAUCUACCGAAAACAUGUUCUGUUAGACAAGUAACAGAAAACAGUAAUUUCAAUAGGAUUCCUGGUUACAACUACAGAAUCCUCAAAGACAAAGACAUCUACUGA